AUGCUGGCCUCGCCCCUAAGAAGAAGGUGCUUCCUUAGAGGGGCCAAGUGUUGUGAAUGCAGUGCCUCCCUCUCACACCAGUACUAUGAAAAGGAUGGGCAGCUCUUCUGCAAGAAGGACUAUUGGGCCCGCUAUGGCGAAUCUUGUCAUGGGUGCUCGGAGCAUAUCACCAAGGGGCUGGUCAUGGUGGCUGGGGAGCUGAAGUACCACCCCGAGUGCUUCAUCUGCCUCACGUGUGGAACCUUCAUUGGUGACGGGGACACCUACACAUUGGUGGAGCACUCCAAGCUGUACUGCGGGCACUGCUACUACCAGACUGUGGUGACCCCUGUCAUCGAGCAGAUCCUACCUGACUCCCCCGGCUCUCACUUGCCCCACACAGUCACCCUAGUAUCCAUCCCAGCCUCAGCUCAUGGAAAACGUGGCCUCUCGGUCUCCAUCGACCCCCCUCAUGGCCCAUCGGGUUGUGGCACAGAGCACUCCCACACCGUCCGCGUCCAAGGAGUGGACCCAGGCUGUAUGAGCCCGGAUGUGAAGAAUUCCAUCCACGUCGGAGACCGGAUCCUGGAAAUCAAUGGCACACCCAUCCGGAACGUGCCCUUGGAUGAGAUUGAUCUGCUGAUCCAGGAAACCAGCCGCUUGCUCCAGCUGACUCUUGAGCAUGAUCCCCAUGACACACUGGGCCAUGUGCCAGGGCCCGAGCCCAGCCCCCUGUGCUCCCCUGCUCACACUCCCAGUGGGGAGGCGAGCAACUCUGCUCGGCAGAAGCCUGUCCUGAGGAGCUGCAGCAUCGACAGGUCUCCGGCUGGUGGUUCUCUGGGCUCCCCUGCCUCCCAGCGCAAGGACCUAGGGCGCUCCGAGUCCCUCCGUGUGGUCUGCCGACCACACCGCAUCUUCCGGCCAUCGGACCUGAUCCAUGGGGAGGUGUUAGGCAAGGGCUGCUUCGGCCAGGCCAUCAAGGUGACACACCGGGAGACGGGCGAGGUGAUGGUGAUGAAGGAGCUGAUCCGGUUCGACGAGGAGACACAGAGGACGUUUCUCAAGGAGGUGAAGGUCAUGCGAUGCCUGGAGCACCCAAACGUGCUCAAGUUCAUCGGGGUGCUCUACAAGGACAAGAGGCUCAACUUCAUCACCGAGUACAUUAAGGGGGGCACGCUCCGGGGCAUCAUCAAGAGCAUGGACAGCCAGUACCCGUGGAGUCAGAGAGUGAGCUUUGCCAAGGAUAUCGCUUCGGGGAUGGCCUACCUCCACUCCAUGAACAUCAUCCACCGGGACCUCAACUCCCACAACUGCCUGGUGCGUGAGAACAAGAAUGUGGUGGUAGCUGACUUCGGGCUGGCGCGGCUCAUGGUGGAUGAGAAGACGCAGCCCGAGGACCUGCGAAGCCUCAAGAAGCCAGACCGCAGAAAGCGUUACACGGUGGUAGGCAACCCCUACUGGAUGGCACCCGAGAUGAUCAAUGGCUGCAGAUAUGAUGAGAAGGUGGAUGUGUUUUCCUUUGGAAUCGUCCUGUGUGAGAUCAUUGGGCGGGUAAACGCCGACCCCGAUUACCUGCCCCGCACCAUGGACUUCGGCCUCAAUGUUCGAGGAUUCCUGGACCGGUACUGCCCCCCAAACUGCCCCCCAAGCUUUUUCCCCAUUACCGUGCGCUGUUGCGAUCUGGACCCUGAGAAGAGGCCCUCCUUUGUGAAGCUGGAGCAGUGGCUGGAGACCCUCCGCAUGCACUUGGCCGGCCACCUCCCACUGAGCCCACAACUGGAGCAGCUGGACAGGGGCUUCUGGGAGACCUACCGGCGCGGCGAAAGUGGACUGCCUGCCCACCCCGAGGUCCCUGACUGAACCCAGCCCGCCCAGCAGCCCCUGUUCCCGCUCUGGAGAACCCAUCCUGCACCAGGUUCCUUUGCAGGAGGUAGCUGGCUGUGGCGCCCUUAGCGGGCACCGGGCACCCAGAUCCCUCCCCGGCACCAGGCCCUGACUUGCCUUCUACCCUGCGGGCUGCGGCCCCUGCCCUGUCUGCCCCUGGCCCCAGAACUGGCCUGGCUGCACAUACACCAUCACCUUGCCCCACCUUACCUCUGUCUCGGUGGGGCUGCCCCCUCGCUUCUCCUUGCAUGAGCUGGAGGGCCCGUGUGAGUUGUGCCCCAUCCCGCACCCCACCUCCUGGCCGUCCUGCGCACACCCCACCUGUCUGCAGCUCCUCCAAGGCUAAGCUGGAGGACAGCUUCAGGCCAUGCCCUGUCACGGCUGGGUACAUAGGAGGGCGUGUGUCAAGGGAGAGGCCAUAUUCCCAGGAGCCAUAGGGGAGUCUGGGGCCCAUCACCCCCCCCCACCCCACUGUCCCCAGGGGUAGCUAGGUAGUAGCAGGUAUUGAUAACUAUCCAAACCCCCAAAGCAGAGAGGUCUGCUCCUGUGUGGGGAGAUCUGUUUCUGCUUGCUAGGCAACAGCCCUCCUUGCUUUGGGUCUUUUCGUUUCUUUAUUGGAGCCAUUUUAGUGAGAAGCAGGUACCAGGCCUCAGGGUGAAGGUAGGGUCCCUGGGCCAGAGCUGCUGGGAGGAGGAGCAGAGGGAGGGUGGGCAGAGCAGACCAGGCAGGUGUCCACCAGCAACCCAGCCCCCUGAAGUUCAUCUCAGCGCCCCUCCCAGGCCUCUUCCCUAGACUCCCUGCCAAUGGCUGGAGCAGCCCCUGCCCCUCCUCAUGUUCCUCCGUCCUCUGGGUUCUUUCUGUGUAAUCUAUUUUUUAAGAAGAGUUUGUAUUAUUUUUUCAUAUGGCUACAGCAGCAGCUGCUGGGGGCUUGGGAUUUUAUUUUUUUGGCGGGCGGGGGUGGGGAUGCCAUUUCGUCACCUUGCCUCAUUUGAGCAUCUAGAAAGCAUUAAAACUGUGAAGCCUUCUCAGUGCACUUUGAACCUGGAAAACAAUCUAAACAGGCCCACAAGACUGCGACUCAGGGAGGUGGCACAGUCACCUCCAUUCAGGAAUCAUGAUGUCUAAGGAACAAACCGCAGACUCAGAACAAUAAACUCAGUUCUGUACUCCC